CCACCAAUGACAACAGAAAUAAAUAGACAUCAUUUAUUAGCGCUCUAUAGAGCUUUACAAAGAUCUGCUACUAAGUUUAGUAGCUACAACUUCAGACAUUACUUCCUUCGUAGAAAUAGAUUAGCCUUUAGGGAAUUUUUGGGCGUUCAUCCAGUUGGUCAACCAAGCAGCGACAGUAAAGCAAGCAAUCCAGCAAAUUUGAAUGCUUUCUACAAAGAGCAACGUGAUCAACUUGAUAUAGUCAGCAGAGCUGCUGCUGUAAAUAGAAUGUUUGAAGGCGAACGUUUAGUUGUUGAGAGACCAAGGAUUAUAACAUCUGGUGGCGGUGCUGGUAUGGAAGCAAGUGCAGGAGGCGCUGGUCAGCCAGUCGAUCCUCAACACCCUCGCGCCACAGAAGGUGGUGAACCUGGUGAAACAGUCAACAAGGCUGCUUAUAAAGACGCUCCAUUGAACAAAAACUAAUGCAUUUCUCACAAAUCAUCUUCAUAAUCACUUGGUAUAUCAAAUUGUUGACGUAAAUUAAAUUGAGAUAGAUCAAAUCGUUCAGAUAUUUUUGAAAUCGCUGAAAUAGUGGCAUCUGUUAACUUUUCAACUUCGAGUUUAGAUAUUCUGAUAUAAUUCAUCUUCUGAUCUAAUGCCGCACUACCACCCUUUCUUACAGUAUACAGCUCUUCUUCCCUUUCUUUUACUGAGUAGUUGAGCUUCAGAUAUUCAGCGAUCAAGUCUUGACGCUCAGUCUAAUUAUUAUUAGCAAUAUAAGUGAUUGCCAUAGACAUACUGUGUCUUCGUAUCCAUUAGCUUGGAGUUCUUCGAAAGCUACGGUUGCUGACUUCAAGUUUUUUUGAAGCGCUGCUACUUUGGUCUUGAGUGCUGCAUUCUCAUUCUGGACAUUCUUUGUGGCGUCACUUGGGAAUGACCAAUAGUAGUUUGAUAUGCCUAUCUUGUCCAUCGAGACCAAAUUAUCACUACACAAAUCCUGCAGUAUAUCCUUGAUACUUUGACUAACUGUGGUCUUUUAAAAUAGAAGGACAUUAAAGAUAUGGCAUCUUAACUAAUUCCCUUCGCUUUCGGUACGUUCUUCUCUAAUUCUUUAAGCUGCAACUUUUAGUUCCGUGUCUUGCUAAGCUAUCGCUCAAACCUGGAAAAAAUCUCUCUAUAUAAGCUUUAAUAUUGUAUUCCAAUAAAUACAAGAGCCCACAGUCUCAUAAAAGUAAUUGAGAAGCCUCUAGAAUUUAGUAUACAUUCGCAUCUCUCAGGAUGCUGUUAUCUCUCACCUUUUCUUCUUCUCAUCUGCUGAAAGACGUUGCUUUGACUGUAGUUUCAUCUCAGUCGGUUCUAUUAGGAAGAUAGCAUCCCUUAAAUACCAUAUCUCUUUGUAUCUUGUGUAAUUUUAUAUCUCAC